AUGCCGCAUGCAAAGCCCUCCAGCCCCGUGCUCUGGGCCGCUCAGGAGCCAGGAGCAUUUCGCUUCCUCCCUAAACGUCUCAGCCGAACAGCUUGUACCGACCCUGGGAGCUUCAAGCGCUGGGACUGCGCCUCCAAUGCCACCGCGUUGCACCGCCAGCCCCUGCGCCAAGAGGGUCGCAGACAGAAACCAAAGGCCGCAGCCUCCUUCCUGCCCACAGAAGACACAGAGGAGUCUGCAGCAAGCCGAGAGGAAGGAGACGUGAUGGAGGAAUACCCCGUCUGCCUGCAGUGCUGCUGGUGCCUCACUAACAGCUGCCCACACCACAACCGGCCCACAGCCGCCCAGGACAUGGCCAUGCUGGCUGCUUUCCUCCUCUUCGUGAACAUGGAGAUUGAGGGAACGAACAUCCAGGUCCAACUGGGGCUGGGCUUUGAGCUGACAAUCAACAGGAAGGCAGUGCUCCGGAGAGCUGCCUGUAAGCCUGUGCCUUUCACUGACUACAAGUGCGUGGGGCAGGGCAGAAACAUGCAGCGCCUGCAGAGAUGGUGGAGCGGGCUGCGGAGCAGGGUGGACAGACGCGUCCGGAGGAAGCCGGGCUGGCUUCCAGGAGCAGAGAGCUCAGCACCCACAGGCACCGCUGGAGCAGAGCAGCAGCACCAGCUGCGUGCUCGUGAGGCUGAAAUCCAUGCGCUCUUCAACGCCAUGGUCAUGGACGUACUGGAUCUAGGACCUUCCCCCUGCUUCUGGCACUGGGUCAGAGACUGCCCUGAAUCCAGAACCAGCACCAGGGAGGCCCUUGGAGAAGAUACUGAGGCAAAGACAGCUGAGGAAGAGGAGGAGGAGGAGGAGAAGGAGCAGAGAAGAAGCCACAAGCAGAUUGAGGAGAGCAGGCAGAGGCUGGCCAAGCUGCUCUUUGAUGGCACACAGCUGGUGACAAAUAUCCAGGUGGCUGUUGACUCGAGGGAAACACAGAGGAGGGCAGAGGAGGCAGAGCUGAAGCUGCACAGGGUGGAGAGGCUGGAGAAUGAAGCCAAGACUAAUGCCUGCAAGUUUGAGGAAAUCACCUCAAAAUGGGAAUUGGCUAAGAAGAAGACGAUCCCGCAGCUGAACCAGCAGCAGCAGCAGUGCACGAUGGUCCUGGAGGAGAAGAACAAGCUCAUCAGUGAACUGCAGCAGGAGCUGAAAAGCAAAGACGAGCAAUAUGUGCAUGCUCUUAAGAAGCAGUCAGAUGAUAUCCACCUCCUUUUGGAGAGAAUGGAGGAGCAGAUCAGGAACAUGCUGAAAACCUAUCGUCAUGAACUCCUACAGAUUGAGAGAGCUUUUGAGCUAGAACGGCAAGAACUGCUGGACGACAAUAGGAAGAAAUGGGAGGCAGGCAUUCAGGCCCACAACGCACAGGAGCUGGAAGACCUGGCUGCCCGUAUGAAAAAGGUGGAAGAGUUUGAGAAGCAGCUGAAUCAGCUGCAGGUGCAGGGUAUGGAGGAGUAUAACAGCAUGAAGAGCCAGCUGGAGAAUAACGUGCAGACCCUGGAGAGGCAGCUCCAGAAGGUGAAAGCCAUCUAUCAGCUGAACCAGGAGAAGCUGGAGUACAACCUGCAGGUGCUCAAAAAGCAGGAUGAGGAGAACACCAUCAUCAAAUCCCAGCAGAAGAGGAAGCUCAACCGGCUUCAUGAUGUGCUCAAUAACCUGAGAAGAAAACUGUCCAAACAAGAGAAGCAGCUCAGGGAGGAGAACCAGAGCCUGGCAGCUGACUAUGAGCGCAUCGUGGGGCAGUGCAAGGAGCUGCAGAGAAUGAUGAGGCAUUUUGCUUUCAGCGACACUGAGAAGUUCGUGGAGGUCUGGCUCAUGAACGAGGAGGAAGCCAAAAGGCUGAUACGGAGAGCCUUUGAUGCAGAUCGCAUCAUUCACACCCAGCAGCUGGGGCUGCCCUGGGAAGAGCCUCGUUACUGGUUCCUGAACAAUGUCGGCCCCCUCAAGCAUUACAAGGCAAAGAGGACGGCCAUGAAACUCGCCACAGAGAUGCUGACAGAGGGCCGUUGUGGGGGACAGGAGGAGGAAGAGGGAGAGAAGGGGAAGGAAGAAAUGGCCUGUGGAGAAGGAGGAAGAGAGAACCCAGAAGAUGCUGAGGAUAGGGUCACACCUCUGCAAAAUGUCUCCAGGAAGACUAUCAAGAGGAUCCUGGAGCUCGUGAGCGAUGAGUCGGGAUUCCUCAUUGAGAGCAAGCUGCUGAGGCUUCUGCAACCACUGGGGAAGCAUGAGCGCACCCUCGUGAAGCUUGACUCCAUCUUUAACGUCCUCGGGAUUGACAGUGAAGAUGACCUGUACCAGCUGGUGGAUUUCUUCCUGAAGUACAAAGCCCAGGAGGUGGCUGUCAGCCAGGUGGAACAGACAGGGACAGCGAGCCAGGCUGCCCCUCACGGCCAGGAGGGCCCAGCCAGUGCGGAUGCCGCAGAUCUGGCUGCGGACACAGCAGAUGAUGGAUCCAGUUCCCAGAGGACUGAGCUGACAUCCCCUCGGAGCUCCCUGGACUCCCUUCCGUCCGCGUCCGUCCACGCUGAUGACAUCCUAAAGAUCCUCAAAGCAUUUGUGCGGGAUUUUGACAAGCUGAGGGGGAAGGACAAUUCAGCAAAGGAUUUGCUACAGGGACGGGACAGCACCAAGGAUGGGGAGUACUGGGACGCUCUGGCACAUGCUAUCCCCGAGUCAAAGCUGAAGCUUUGGGAUGCGCUGAUGGUGGCACUGGAGAAAUAUCACAACAUCCUUGCGCAGAGGGCCAAUCUGAUCACCGAAGUAGCUGUCCUGCAGCAGCAGAACUCGGAGCUGUGCCUGCUCCUGGAUCAGUAUGUCAACUCCAAGGUGAACAGCGAGCUGCUCUCCCCUCCCACGGAGUGGAUGGACCUGAAGCCGCAUGGCCCCAAGGAAGCGCAGUGAGCACCUGGGACCAGGGCACGGCUUUUCUCUGCCCCCAGCCAAGGCUGUGUCUGGAGCUGGUGCUGCCUGGCAGGAGCCAAUACACCUCUUCCGAACCUGGGCUGCAGGCAUGUGUGUGAUCUCCAAGGAGGGUUCCUCUCCCCUCUGAAGAUGCUGGUGGGUCACAGCUGAGCACUCCCCCGAUCCUGGGGACUCACAGCACUGUGGGAAAGUGCUUCCCUGCUCCUGUCUCAAAGCCAUGUGGUCUGUGUCCUCCCCUCCCUGCCCCUUCCCUCCGUGGAGCCAAAGCCAGGCAAGAGCCGUCAUCUCCAGCCAGGGGCUGUGUGGGCUUGCUGACAGCAGGUUGCAGCCACCGCCAGCUCUGUAGACCCUUCCCAGCUCUGUCGGCUCACCUGAGCCCACCAAGCAGUAGCCACCACCCCUGCGCAAUGCUGUACUCCACACUACCCUGCUCACAGCCUCCCCCCAUCAGCCUGACAGCAUCCUCCUGGGAGCCCCAGUCCACCCCUCUCCCUUACAGAGAAGCCUGAUGUCUUCACCUUCUGCAGCUCUUUUUAUUCAAGAUCGCAGGUUGGCUGUUGGAAAUUGUCAAGGAAAUUGCAGCAGUCGCAUAUAACCAGUGCAGGAUCCACUAGCCCACCUCCUGUCACAGCCUUCGAGCUAUGCUAAAGGGCUCAGUCUGGGCCCUUUUCCUCUGGUUCCCCUGACCACUGUGCCCUGAGCGUGGGCAGGCAGCAUUGCUGCCCCGUGCCCAGACACCAGCUUGCUUACCGCAUGGUGAAUCUUCCCCCAGAUACGGGGCUGCCACUGACUUGAGGCAGAGCCGCUUCACCUGCCCUCCUCUGCUACUUCUUGCAAGGAGUCUCAUUCCCUCCUUCCCCCAUGCUGACUUCUCUCCUGCUCUGCUCCUCACGUGCGGUAUGCUCAGCCCAGAUUGGACUGUGUGUGUGUGUGUGUGUGUGUAGCCAGGCUGGGAGCGAGUCCCUGAGCAUUGGUGUGCGUGGCUGUGGCACGCUGGUGGUCCCGCAGAGCGCCCCAUGCAUGUUUCUCCAUCCCAGGCUUUCCUGGGCGCAGCAGGGACCCAGCACCAUCCCAGCCCUGGCUUGCUCGCAGACAGCAGGGAUGUGGCACCAUCCCGUUCUGCUGAUGGGGGAAGAGGGGGGAGCAGGAUCAGAGCAGCCCAUGGUAGUGAGGAAAGAGAGCCAGGGAGCACCCUGGGGCCAGUCUGAGACCAGCUCCUCCAUGGCCAGGGCCCCUUGCCAGCACUUCCCUGGGGUUGGGGCAGGGCCUGUGUGAAACUAGCUCCUUCCCCCUCCCCAAAUCUCUCAAACCAGCAUCUCUCCCUGCCCCUUCAAUGAGAGCCAGGGCCUCAUUGGUGAGUCAGUACAGCUGAGGGACCCUUCCAACAAGGCUGAGACAGGAUCUGGCUCCCUGGCCCCCUUCAGUGUCUUGAUCCUGUGGUCCAGCAGCUGAGACUGGAGACAAUUCCUCAGCAUCACUCUUGGCCUGAGCCCAGCAUCAUGGCAUUUGGGACCAGCAGCCUCCUAAAACCAGCUCCAAGAGCCCCAAAGCUAGUGAGUGAGGGUCUUGCACCCCUGAAGCCAAGAACAGGUGGGUCUUUGACAGCUUAGCUCUGCAGCGAGCUGAGAAAGGAGCCUACUUCCUCCCCAGUGCACAAAGCGAGAAGUGCCCCAGCCCCAGUCAAUAGCCAUCAGCACAAAAUAAACCAGCAGGCCACUGUGAGAGCGCACAGCGCCAGGGGACGUAGCUGCCUGCAAGCCCCCCGGCGGUCCCACCACCACGGCCAAACUCGGUGGCCUGGGAGAUGUCUGCGAAGCUGUAAGCCUCCCUGCCAGCCCUGGAGAGGGGGGACCUCAAGAUACCUCGAACCUGCCAGUGUUGGCGGCUGCUGGGGCACGGGGGCUUGGAUCCCCCUGGUGGGAUCGGCCCCUUCAAUGGGGGCCGUGGCAGCGCUGGCACAGAGGGCAGGCCAUGGGGCUGCUCCGUGCCUUGUCCCUGCUGCUGCCCUGGUCCAACUCUUCCCUCUUAAACAGGAGACUUGAGACCUGAUGCAGAGUGUUUUGAUGUUUAUUGACUGAGCAACACCUGUAAGAACCUAAGAAUGCCUAAGUGGGCUAGUCAGCACAUCGCUUUUAAGAGUGGUAUUAAUUCACAGCUAUGUCACUGUAAAGAAAUCUUAUAAAUCACGCCCAAGCACUGUCAAGCUACAAUCCCGUUGCCUUCCCCUCGGCCCUUCGUACCCAUGUGCAGGUCUCUCCCUCCUUCCUCCAUGCUCCCACACCAGCUCCUCCAGGCAUAGCCCUGACGGGGAGCCCCCCGGCAUCGCGGGGGGCUUGGGCCACAGGUCACCAUCACCGCUACCUGUAGGCAUCCCUGCUCCUGCCAUCGGAGACCUCACCCUCCUUUGCUCUUUACCUGAUUGUAUAUGUUAUUCCCCACUUUUUCUUGUCCUGAAACCGCCUUUUGCAGCGCCCGCACCGCCUUUUCUCCCCUCAGUCUCUCCCAAAUGACCAGUGCACCCUCAGUUACUUUUCCCUCAUUGGUCCCAGUUCUACAUCCAUACCUAAGUUGGGAGUUUCUGACACUGGGCACUUUAGGUCCAAAAUGAUAUUACUUAGGCAGUUACCUGGACGAAGACAGCCUUGCAUCCCGUGAUGCCCUUCUGAUGCUCUGCUUACACUUCAUGUGCGUUAUAGGCUCUGUAGCCGGAAUUAUCUUGCUUUACCCUUGACUCCCCUACCUACCUCUGGCUAAGCACAAGCAGUUUCUCAUCCUGGGCACAGCCUGCCUGCGUACCAGAGCAGCAGAAUAACACCACCUUUGCUCACCGGUAUCUGUGCCCUUGAAUAGCUGUCAUCCCCCUCCUGGUUCCCAUGAGAGGCCAGAGCCAGCUUUAGGGCCUGCUGCGGGGUUGCUCCCUGCUCUGUCCCCGCUCGCUGUUAUAUCCCUGCUGGAAAGCACCCACU